AACGCAUACACGCCACCAGCGCGUUUCUACUCGCAUCCACCCCUCAAAGAGCCUCUAUUCUCAAUCCAUCCAGCCCAUCCACCCUCAUUCACCUCCUACCCAGCCUCUAAAGCCAUGUCCACGCGUGAUACGCGCUCCCCAUCGCCCGUCAUCAUCCCCACCUCGUUGCACGGCGACGACUUCCCUCAAAGACCCGGUGGCCUCAAACGUUCUGCCUCCGUCGCGAGUCUCCCCACCCCUCCGCGAACGCACCACAAGCGCCAUGCACGUCCCAAGUCACGCGCGUCCAACGUCUCGCAGCAUCUCUCGUCGGAGGAAUCCGGCUCUGACGCGCUCGCGAACGACGACUCGGACCUCGACGGCAACCUAGGCUUAGGCCUGGGAGCGCGUCUACGCGCCGCAGCCUCUGUUGGCGAAGAAAAAGACGAGACAAACAAUGGCCGCAAGAAGAGGCGCAUGAACGACGUGCUGCCCGGUGGAGACGAGGAAGAGGACGACGAGAAUGCGUUCUGGACGGGCCGCUCGGGGCCGCGCCUGGGAGCACCACCUGCCGCAUCUACUUUCGACGACCCGUUCGCUGCGCCUGCGCCUACGGAGCCCAAGGAGGACGUCGACCCGACGCACAUCGACAAGGUGCAGCACGAUGGCUCGGCGAGCCCCGAACCCGCUAUGCUCACCUACCGCGUCAAGGCCCCCGUCUCCCCGCCGCCCUCGCGCCGACGUGGCGUGCGCACCACGCGCUCUACUAGGGGCACCGCCACGGUCUCGCUUGCGCCGGGCCUCAGCCCGAUGAAGGAAGACACCGAAGGCGAGCACCUUGAAGCGGCGGCGGCGGCGGUAGCAACUCUAGAAGCAGUCCGCGGCCGUGCAGGCCCUCUUCCCCCGAGCACGCCCCCGCGCAGCCUCAUGAUCGCGGCGCCGACGCUGCCAGUUACACCGCAGCGGACGGCGUCACCCUCCAAGAAGCACAAGCGGACGCGUACGGUCAAGAAGGCUAGGGGGACGAAGAUUAUGCCUGUGCGCGACUCGCCGUAUAACCCUUUCUUGCUUUCGGAUGAGGAGAAGGGCGCGGUGGCGCGCAUCGUCGAUCCGUUCUCGUCUGGUGGUGAGGAUGUCGAGGAGGAGGAGAGGGCGGGGCCGUCGAAGAGCCGCCGCGACCAGCUUGCUGCCCGGCGUCAAGUGCAGAAGCGCGCGGAGAGCAGUGGGUGGGAGAGCAGCGACGACGAGUGCUUGGUGCGCAAGCGCCGAGCUAGGGCUGCCAGGGCAGCGGAGGAAGACGAUGUCGUGGGCGAGCUGACCGAGUCGGAGAGCCCGACGAUUCUUACUGCGAGUGCGCGCAAGACGCGGGCGGCGGCAAAGAAGUACCAGGAGCCGGAGAUUAUGAAAUAUACAUUCCGCGGCCAAAAAGCCUAUUUCGCCAACCCGCACUUCAAGCGUCCUGAGGCCAUCCUCGCCGCCGCCGCCUUGCCGCUCGAGCACCCUGAGUUUGAAGCAGACGAGGCCUGCGCCCCCAAGAUGCUCUUCCCCGAGGCGCACGCCGCGCUCGCAUCUGCCCGGCGACGCAAGUCGAAAUCCCCCGCUCGCGCUGAGGCUCCCUCGACGCCCAAGCGAGGCGCGCGGACCCUUGCGGACGAGUUCGAGGACGCGGAGGCGAACCUCCCGCGCACGCCCGUGCGCCGGUCUCCCAGACUUGCGCAGCAUCAGCACCAUUACGAUGUUGUGGAGGCUGCGGCUGCGCUGGAGAAGGCGCGCGCGCGGGAGCGCGAGAAGAGGGAGACGGCUGCGAAGGCGAGGCUUGCUGCGAGCCAGGGGCUGAGGGCGGGGGCGGUGGUUAGUGAGAAGGACGCGAUUGGGCGGAGGGCUGCGGGGCCGUCGAGGAGAGUUUGAGCGCCCGAGGUGCGGUCGGGGUGAUAUAGGCGGUGGUUUUCGACGCUUUCCAGCCUCCGCGGUCUCUCGCUGUGCAUAUUCUUGCUCGCGUUCUCGUGCUCUUGUUGGAGCUACUGGCCCUCUGGUUUCGUCAAGUUUCAGCUUUCUGUUCUCGCCGAAAAGGACUCUCGCUCAGCCCCGGACAUAAACUCAUCACUCGACACUCAUCGACAUACAUACUAACACCAUCCUUUCGUCACGCUUUUUCUCCUUUAUCUUUCCUCAAGGCCGUCGAGGGCGCACGCUAUGCGGCCCCAUCGAGCCUAGUUUUGUGCAUAUACUCUUGUCCUGUUCUCAGCGCUACCCACCUUUAUUGUAUCCACAUUCAUCCACUCGUGCUCAUAGGAGCACGGGUGCAGGCCCGCCAGAUCCGUUGCCGCUGCUAGCUCAUUGCGACACACGUUCUAUCC